GAACGUCACGGCAAGAGAUCCGGAGUUUGUUUAGUCGUUGAGACGGUAAAUAAACCGUGUUUUUCUCGGUAUGGCGGAGGCGCGUGAGCAGGACGAGGAGCGAUUGCGCGAGACUGGCGGCGGCGUGAGACGGAGAUCCGCAGAACACUCAGACAGGAAUAAACCAGAACAUCGUCAGUCCAGUCAAGGGCCGCUGUCGUCCAUCCGAGCUGUCAUCAAAAGAACAUCUACAAGAACGAGCUCUCAAAGCGACCAUCACAGAGACAGGAGGCAUCCAGAAAUCACCAUCCUGUCUGCUGAACCGCUGCAGUCUAAUGCCUGGUUUCCAGGGGCCUCUGGAGCUUUUCCUCCAGCCCCACCCCCUGCCCCGCCUUCUUGGACUGCAGCCUCGGCGACAGUACAGCUCCCUCCUCCCUCGUAUGAGCAGGUAAUCAAAGAAAAGAGCCGUGAACAGAGCACUCACUCCUGCUCUUCAUCAUCUUCACCUCCGGCUUCUCGUCACUCUACCUCCACCAUCGCCACGCAGACGGACACAGACUCGCCUGGCCCACAAGCCUCUGCUCGCCCAGUUCGCAGACCACCCAAGCCCCCUCGCCCGUCGCUUCCUCUCAAACCCUUGGACCCUCUCAUCGAAUCAGACCUGUCCGACUUUCCCGCCAGUAUUGAGCUUUCGACACAAGACACUUCGAUCAAACCACAUCCCGAAUCUAGCGUUCAGACUGACUUUGAUGACAUCAUCGCUGACACCAGUUCUCUAGACCCCGCCCCCACUGCCACGGCUUCCACUCAGAUCAGCUUUGAUUCCCCGCCUGAACUAAUGAAAGAGGAGACAAACGCACGUCCCAGACCGCGCCCGCGCAGCAAGGUCGCCUCACGGCUAAUCGCCUGUGAGGACGUUCUGGAUCAGCCAGUGACGAGAGAGGUGAAAGUUCAGACUCUAGUGCAUUUAAAGGACGAUGGGGCCAAUAGCAUGAUUGCCGAAUUCAGUGACGUUUCCUCGAACUUCUCCAGCAAAUACUUCCAAGACCUGCUAGAAGUGUUUGGUUCAGAUGAAACUCACGUCCUUGAUGCUAAACAAAGCCAGGCGAGUGAUGAAGAUGAAGAGAAGGAUACAUCUGCAUGCGACUCUGUCAUCUCCAAGGUAAUGCCUGAACCUGUAGAACCUUUAAAUAGACCACAACCACGACCCAGAACUCAAAAACCCAAACCUCUAAUCGCCCCAAAACCGUGUACCCUAGAAACUGAGGUUUUUGUGAGCGGAGAACCUAACGUUGAACAGGAUCCCUUCAGACACACCUCCAAUCCUCCUGUACCACCACCCAGACCUCUUCUAAACAAACAUCAGAGCCCGUCAGAUGUUUCCAGGGUUUCUCCAUCCACCAAACCUUCUGCUGUCCAUCCUGAGAGCACUCCUCUGAAGAACCAGAUGCCAACUGCGGCCUUUAGUCCAUCUGAGAGGAGAUAUUCAGAUGAUCAGGCCACAAACAGUUCUUCAAACACUCCAUUGAAGGCAUCACCAGUGACGUCCACCGACCGAAGUGUCGGAAAACGUCCAUCUGGCCCCAAACACUCCCGGCCGCCUCCACCUGUGCUCAGAAAGGCGUCGUCCUCCUCGCAGGUUGCUGACACUACAGUGAAUGUUUCCAUAGCGACAGAUGCCCCGGUUCCCCCUCUGCCCCCGAGACCCAGUGGUGGUCGACUCCUCCCUCUCCGCCCUCCUCCAAUCAAAGUGACCAAACCAGCAGGCCCCGCCUCCUCCUCACCCACUGCAUCUAAUCAGCUGCCAGGCAGCAGGGUGCCAAAGAGAGGCCCUCCCCCUCCCCUCCCACCCCGCCCGAAACCAGGACAUCCGCUCUAUAGAUAUUCUAGCAAAGUUGUUCAAGGAAAUGUGGAAGAAGAGAGUGCUGGCAAAGAGCAAGAGGAACCAUCUUUACGAGAAGAGGAGCAGCUUAUUGUCCUGGAUGAUACAAACACCACACACACACAACUCAGUACACUUCAUGAGCUCUGGCCGUCAGGAGAGGUCAAAGGUCAAGCUGUGACUGUCUCUGGAGGUCUUGACGCUUCCUCCGAGCAGCAGACACAACCAAACACACACAACAGGGGUGUGGCUCGAUUUGCAUUCAAGGGGGAGGAGGGAGAACUGACCUUCAGUGAGGGUGAUGUGAUCACUGUAACGGAAUAUGUAAAUGAGGAGUGGGGGCGGGGCAGUCUGAAUGGACGAAUAGGAAUCUUCCCUCUCAAUUUCAUCCAGGUGAAAGAGGAAGCUGAAGCGUUGCCAAGGAAACCGGCUUUGGAAUCACCUGUGCCCCCUGCAGGACAGAUGAACAGAGGAAGGGCACUUUAUGAUUUCUCCCCUGAAUAUGAGGAUGAACUCUGUCUGAAGGCAGGGGACGUGGUGUGUGAGCUUGAAGACAUGGACGACGAGUGGUUUCUGGGAGAGUUUGGUGGGAAACGUGGCAUCGUCCCUAAAAACUACAUUCAAAAAAUGCCAGACCCCUGAACACGUCCUAGAUAAAGAGGUUUAAAUUGUAAAAAAAUGGCAUUCCUAUCAUGUGCCUGAGCUUUUCUGCAUUUAGCCUGUUAGAUUCAACACACUUAAACGUGUUGGGGACGAUUAUUGGAUGUGUUAGUUUACAGCUCCUAUGAUGCACACAUGACUCAGUCGUGCGGAGAUCUUCUCAUAGCUGUACUGUACUGACUCCCGCGUGGAACAUUUACAAACAAUUACAGUCUCAUCUGUGUAUCUGUAUGUUGCCGUAUGAAUUUGUUUACAUUUUUAACCCACAUUAAACUGGUCAGUUAACGAAA